CCUCACCUAAUUGUCAAGAGACAGGCGGACCAAACCCACACCCAUACAAGGCCAAGGGGCAGGCAACCCUCCUCAAGCCUCAAGCAACCAACGCGGCGCCAAGGAAGAACCCCUCCCUUCUUCCACCCACCGAUCCUUCCCUCCGUUCCUCGUCCUCGCCGGCGACGACCUGCAGCCAUGGCAAUGGCUUACAAGAUGGCGACGGAGGGGAUGAACAUCAAGGAGGAGUGCAAGCGGUGGUUCACGGAGAUGAAGUGGAAGAAGGUGCACCGCUUCGUGGUGUACAAGAUCGACGAGCGGACGCGCGCCGUGCUGGUGGACAAGGUGGGCGGCCCCGGGGAGGGGUACGACGAGCUCGUCGCCGCGCUGCCCGGCGACGACUGCCGCUACGCCGUCUUCGACUUCGACUUCGUCUCCGUCGACAACUGCCAGAAGAGCAAGAUCUUCUUCAUCGCAUGGUCGCCGGCGGCGUCGAGGAUAAGGGCCAAGAUCCUGUACGCGACGUCGAAGCAAGGCCUGCGGCGGGUGCUGGAGGGGGUCCACUACGAGGUGCAGGCCACCGAGCGCUCCGAGAUGGGCUUCGACGUCAUCAGAGAGCGCGCGCAAUGAGCGAGCCGCCGCCCAGAGCGAGCUUUACUAUGUUGGUGUGCCUGUCGCCGACGAUCGCCGGUGUACUAUAAUCGAACGGACGCUGAUUGGGGCUGGCUGGUUGGUUGGCUCGUGUGCUCUGCCAGCAGCCUCGCUCGACGCGAUCUGACGAGGGUUUGGGCUUUGAUUCAGUAGAAAUUACCGAUCCGUGGCUUGAGAUUGUGCCGUACGUGCGUGUGAUGUAUAGGGGGAGCUGAGAGAGCGGCAGCGGAUUAAUGAAACGUCCCAUCUCUGCGUGCGACGUGGAAAUUCCACUGAUGCUGGGGAUGCCCCGACUUGGUUUGCUAUUGUGCUUCAACCGCUCUUCAAGACGGUACUACAACGGUUGAUUGCUCUGGGUUGUCUCUU